CAUUUUCAGGAUUCAAUGGAGUUUUUCAAAAAAGCCAGGAUGGUACGGCUGCGGAGUCACCACGAUAAGUUCCUAUUAGCCGAAGACGACGAAGAAGCCGUCGUGCAAGAUCGGAAUGGUUUGGUAAGGAACGCCAGAUGGAGCGUGGAGCUGUUGGAGGAGGCCAAAGUUUUACGCUUAAAGAGCUGUUACGGCAAAUACUUAAUGGCCUCAAACAUGCCCUUCCUUCUGGGAAUGACGGGCAAGAAAGUCAUUCAAAAUCUGCCCAAAAAGUUAGAUUCAUCCGUUGAAUGGGAGCCCAUCAGAGAAGGAUUCCAGGUCCGACUCAAGACCCGCUACGGCCAAUUUCUCCGCGCCAACGGUGGCUUGCCGCCGUGGCGCAACUCCAUCACGCAUGACAUCCCUCAUAGAGCCGCAACUGAGGAUUGGGUUUUGUGGGAUGUGGACGUUAUAGAGAUUCGCGUGCCAUCUCCCAUACGUCCACGACCAAAGUCGGCCCUGAUUGAGGCUGUUCAUUCGCCUUCUGAGAUCAUCAACUCUCCGGCCGGAAUCGAACUCACUUCUACUCCUAAGCGAAAUAAGAAGUCAGGUGAUUUUGAUAAUGGAUUGGUGGUGGUGAAAGCCGAAGGUAGAAUGAUUUACUAUUGUGUGUUUAACGAAAAAGAAGAGGUUGGUGACGGUAAAAAAGAGCUCUCAUUCGUAUUCAAGGAUAGUGGGGUAGAAGAGUUGAAACAAAGGUUGAAGGAUGAUACUGGACUAGACGACGUCGUUAUAUGUUCCCGUAAUCCAUUGAAUGGGAAGCUUUAUCCUCUUCGCUUGCAUCUUCCUCCUAACAAUUCUGAUAUGCAUGUUGUCGUGGUUCCUUCUUCGUUAUCUAAAGGUUAGUCUUUAAGAUAUAUAUUGAUUCCUCUGU